AUGGCCACAGUCCCUGAUGCUUCUCCUCUCCCAAUGAAGGAGCCAGCUUCGACAAAGCCAGUGGAGCCUGCGGUGGUGCGCGCCAGUACCAAAGGGUUUGAGGAGGCUUCAUACCCAGUCAAAGGUGAGCUUUCUAUGACUCCUAUGAAGGUUGGCAAGUGUCAUGACCUGCAGAACGUGUUUGGGCAGUGGUUUUGCAAAGCCUGCCACUGGGAAUCCAAGUCGAUGGAGGGGAUGACCAGAGAGAUGCUCAAGAAAAUGCACGAGAAGGUGCAAGCGCUGAAGGCUCUCCAACUUCAGAAGCGGCAAAUGGAAGCUGCGCAGGCUGUGGCUGCUAAGGCUAUGGCUGGGGCCUCCACUGUCCCACCUACCACUGCUCCAUGCUUUGACACGGACGAGACCCAGCCACUGAUUUCUCCAAAUGCUGCUACAUGCAAGAAGCUGUGCUUUGAAGAAGCGGAGCCCAAGGAGGCCACAGCAAUGGCUUUGGCGGAGAGUGUGCCCGAGAAGCCUCUGGUCGAGAAGGCUGAGGGGCCUUUGAUGGAGACACACAUGGAGGCUGUGGAUGUGGGCAAAGAGGCUUUGGCAGAGCCAGUGGUUAUUCCAAGUCCAGAGUUGGAGGCUGGUCAGGACUUCAAGCCUCCACCACUUCCUGAGAAGCCGGCUUGCUUGAGAAAGCUCCGCCCAGAUCCCAUUAGCCCGGCUAGAAAGAUUGCCAAGAAAGAGGAUGAUAGUGCCAGCGAGGAUCACGAGGACAAGGAGGAGGAGGAAGAGGAGGAGGACUCAAGUGUGGAGGCUGUUGAGGACAAGUGUGAGGACAAGAGGGGCAGUCGACAGAAGAAGAAGGAAGAAGCAACUUCCAGCUCUAUGGUCGAAACUGGAAAAGGCAAGGACAAGCAUGGGAAUGUGGAGAGGGCAAGCUCUUCCAACAAGAGUGCCAAGAGCGCGGAGAAGCCCAGCUCUUCCAACAAGAGGAAGCCAAAGAAGAAUGAGGAGGAAGAGGGAGUUGAACCCGAAGCUAAAACAACCAAAGCCAAGCGGGUUGGUAAAGAACCAGAGGGAAGCAAGAAAAGCAAGAGAAAGGCAGUGCCAGGUGGAGAAGAGCACGGGGAUGUUAAGGAAGACAGCCGUGAAGACAAGAAGAAGAAGUACAGCCGCAAGUCGGCGGCCUACCAUCGUGCGGUGAAGAUGGCCCGAGAAGAAGGUGUUGAUGAGAAUGAAGCCAAACAAAGAGGCAAGGCGGCUGCCUGCGAGAUGGAGAGGUUGGCGAUGGUCUGUGUGCUCAGGGAGGCUCCGAAUGCCUUCAAUCUCGUGGGGGAAUAUGACUAUUUCAAGGUAUACAAGUCCAGCUUCUACAUGGCACACUAUGGACAACUGUGCCCCAAGCCUUCCAUCUUUUGGAGCACUUCCUUUGACAUGAUGAAGUUGAUGGUUCUGGCUGAUGACCCUACUCGUGAGGAACUGCGGAAAGCCUGGGUGGAAGCUCGUGUGGUGUGA